AUGUGUGACGAAUCAGCUGAUCGUCUGGCCCUGGAGGCAAAUUUGGGCAAAAAUCGUCACUUGGAUAUUGUCCCGCACGAUGCGAAUCGGGUAGCUUUGAAAGCAGUUCGUGGCGUGGAUGGAUCCGACUACAUCAACGCAAGCUACAUCGAUGGUUAUAGAACACGAGCCGCCUAUAUUGCCACCCAGGCACCGCUUGCCUGUACACUGGAAGAUUUUUGGCGAAUGAUCUGGGAGACCGGGUCGUGUCUGAUUGUACGGCUGGAGAGUUUGCCCUCCUUGAACGAUCCCAAAUCGGCGGACGCUCCAAUCUACUGGCCUACCAUACAAUCGGCCCGUCAUGGAUUUCUGGUUAUUGAUCCGAUCGCCACCUACACCAUGAACUCAUAUGUGCUACGCGAGCUACGUAUCACGGACACCCGAGAUGGUACCACUAGAACUGUACGACAAUUCGACGCCACUCCGACAACCGACGCGAUGAUCGAGUUUGAACCGGCUCACGGCGGAUUCGGUUCGACGCGACUGGAACGACUAAAUGAACCCGGUGUCAAACUGCUCGAUUUGAAUGACUGCGAUCCCCUGGCUGCUUCCAGUUCUCCUUCACAAACAGACUCUUUGCUUGAUGCCUCAUUAACCAAUGGGAACUCGAAUAUGAAUCGUUUGCGUCCCAUAAAUGCGAAUUUCAAACAGCGCUAUCAAUCACUGUGUGAGGCGAUGUUGGAGACAGUGAUACAAGUGCACAAAACCAAGGAACAUUUUGGUAUGGACGGUCCCAUCACUGUACACUGCAAUUUGGGCGCAGGUCGCACGGGUGUAUUUCUGGCCAUUUCUCUCGUACUUCAACGUAUGCGAUAUGAGGGCGUGGUCGAUAUGUUUCAAACGGUCAAACUGCUACGAUGGCAACGUCCCGGAUUGGUCAGUACUGCAGCGGAAUAUGCAUUUUGCUAUGCAACUGCUCUGGAAUAUUUAGACGCUUUUGAACGCUAUACUAAUUAA